AUGCUGCGUUUUUUUUUCCGGUGUCAAGGUCGAACACAGUCCUCUGACGACUUGCUACCGAUAAAAGCAGCGCAUUUCGUUCGGAACAGUGAUCAAGAAAUACUACCAGCCUUUAUCAGUAACAAUCGAGCGAUACUGGUAUUCAACUCAACAACACUUCAUAGUGUUGGCAAAUAUCGCUGUGAGAUCACCACAGAAGAUGAUCAGCACAUCUGGGGAUGGCUUUUCGUUAACAUGCGUCCUGUCUUCCAUGCGAACAGCUCAAAAAUCUAUGAGUUUGAUAAGGAUGAUCAUUUCCAUAUAAAAUCACUAGCCGUGCGAGCAACAGAAGGUGAGACAGUGCUUCUCAACUGUCCUGUUAUUGGUUAUCCGAAACCAACUGUCGAAUGGCUCAAAGACAAUGUUCCUGUUGGUGGGUUGUCGUUUGUACUAUUUCAUUAG